GUAUAAAAUUCAUAAAAAUUUAGGAAAUUCUAGGGAAAUAAUUUCUAGUAGUACAGCACUGUACAGAAAGAGCUCAAAUAGUAUAUAUGGCGCGAAAUAGUCGCAAGUCAGUUAACGUUGUUUAAAUGUUAUUUCUAACAAUUCGCGCAAAAACGAAUAAAUACAAUCAUGGCUGCAUCAUCAGACGUUGCUACGAUCAAAUUACAAAGAUACUUGAACAUGCCAUUGGUUCAAAGAUGCAAGGAAAUAGCGACACUAAUAGACGAAUCGAGCACAGCAGAAUUACAACACGUGUUUUCAAUAUUAAUAGACUCAUUAUUUGGAAUAACUGAUAAUAUCGGUUGGGGAUUACAUAGCAUCACUUUUAAGAAAUGUGCAUAUGAGUACGAAACACUUUGUAACUUCCUUAAUCCACAAGGACCAAUUUUUUUUUUAUGUUAUAAAUUAUUGCCAGACUGUUACUUGAAAUACAAUUUUCCAGUUUCAUUCUUACCAAUAAAGGUACGUUCAAUGUUAGAAGAAGGAGUAAUACCACCAUUUUAUUUAGACAAAAUCAGAGACGAUCAGGGUACACGUGGUAUAUCUGCAUUAAAUAUGAAUCCUUUUGAAUAUUACAUCUUCCAUUUUGCAUAUCAUCUAACAAACCCAUGGUUGCAAGUGCAACAGCAAGAGAAUGUGUGGGUUAAUUGGGAAACUGUUUAUGUCCAAUUAGCACAUUGUUAUUUAUACCAUUUUCUACCUAGGGAUAGUUCUUCAGUUUUGCCAAUAAUUAGCCCAUACAUUAGAAAAACACCUCAACGAAAAUUGGUCCAGUCACCUGAAUCUAAGAGAAAUUAUUACAGAAUGCAAACACCACGACUAUUGAGAACGUCAAUAUUAUCACCAGGAUCUUCGAAUUCUUCCUCGAGUGUUCCACAACAACAAUGUUUACCAGAAGUUUGGAGAAGUGAGACUGUAGUUCAAGUAUUUCUUGAUUUUUGGGUAGAAUAUGUAGAGGAUCAUCAAUUAAAUCUACGAUUAAAUACAUCGUAUUCUGCAUCCAUUCCGCGUCGACACAGCAUUCAUUCCGGAGAGCAUAUACGUCUAGUGCGGGCAUUUAUAAAAACUUUACACGAAUUUGCAAAUAGCGCAACGGGUGAUAAAAGUGCGAUGGAUGAACUUAAACGAAUUAUUUUACCAUCUGUUCAAGGUAAAAUCUACACAUUCCUUCGAAAAGCCAUACAUCAUUGGCCACUAGAUAGCUCUUUUAGAUUAAUUCUUGAAGCUUGGUUAAGCUUUAUUCAGCCAUGGAGAUACUUUUCUGGUAUUACAUUUAGCAAGGAAGGAGCCGAAGAAGAAGAAAGAGGGAAGAUACAUGAUGCAUAUAGAUGGAUGCCUUUCAUCGCUCAUAACUUGUUAGCCUACACGGCAAUAUUUCAACAACUACUUCCACGAUUUAUGAGAACAGAUCUCAUAGCUCCAAAGAAUGCAUUGAUGUUAUUCAGAAUUACGAAAGUUUUCUCGCAACCAUAUUUAGCAAAGAUAAUAUGCGAAAUAGAAAGUCACAUGGACGAUGUUGGAUUAAGCAGAAGUCGAGUAUCAACAAAUCAAUGGGCUUCAAUUGUACGGCAGCAAAUUUUAGAGCUCGAAGGACCGACAUACCAAUAUGUUCUAAUGUUUUCUAUGGCUACUAUUUCACAGGUCGUAUGUUUAUUAAGCACAAUUAAACAAGCACAUUUGACAGCAACUAGUUUGAUCGAUGCAUUAGAAAAGAAAAGAAAAAAGAGGCCAUUUUUAUUAGCGUUAUGGGAAUUCUUUAAUGGUGAAGAUUAUUCUUCAGAUGAUAUUAGUAUAGAGGAAAGACGUCGCGUACCUGUUUAUCUAGCGAAUGCACAACAACAAUUAAUUGAAAUCUUCGAGAUUAGAGUAGAAGACAUUCCUCAAGUAGCUAUUGAAGCUGAUCAAGAAUACCAUGAAAGCAUUCUAUCAACAUCCUUUUGUCACCAGUCACAAAUGGAUUUCAGUUUAGAUACAAGUAAACCAGGUAUUUUUGUAUCUGAUCAAAAAGAUAGACAAACGUGUAAAUAUAUUGAGUACAUGGGAGAUCCGGAAUUACAACCAGUUCGAAGUAACGAAUGUGCAUUUCUUGUUAGAAAUUUAUAUAAAUUCUGUACAUACAUAAAUGUCAAGUACCGAUACAAGAUAACUCAAAUGUACCAUCAAAGUAAUUUUCUUGGUAAUAUUUCUCGACAAAUAUUACAAUCACCAACGAAAGUCGUGAAGCUACCAAAGCGAACACAGACUGGAUUUUCCAGUGGGCAUGAAGAACGCAUUCCGCCUCGAUUGAGUUUACGGCCUUUAGCUAAUUACAAUCUACUUGUAAUCAUAAGCCUUGGAACAUUUAUUGCUUGGUUUACAAACUAUGGAGUCUUUAUGUUUUUUGGAUUUGUCUUUAUUCUAUGGUUCGUAUACAUAAUAAUACGAGCAACGUUGGAGCCGUGGACACGAUCGACCACAUUCAGAGCUAAUACAUUUUCUAUAAAUUGAUUCUAUAAUUGAUAAAACUGUUGUAUAUUCAUGAAAAUUGAUACAAUUUCAAAUGUUGGGAUAUCAAAUAUCCAAUAGUCAAUACAAAUUUUAAUUUUUAAAGCGUCGAAUGUAAAUUAAAAUUCAUUUAAAACAGA